AUGGCGAUUAACAAAGGUUCUAUGUUUUUCUCUAUUAAUGUAAUUUUUACUUUAUUAUUUAUUGAAAUAGGCGCUCGGCUGCAUCAUCUGGUGUUGAAGGAUGACAUUCGUCAGAGGGUCCAUCUCAACACCUUUGGUUUUUAUAAAAACGGUUACAUGAGUGUGAACAUAAACAGUCUCAGUGUGAGUGGCGCUCCAAUCGAGAGCAUAGACAGUUCCACAAUUGGUUUCAGCUUGGAUCGGACCAGCAGUAAUGGUUUCUCCACUUACCUUGACGAUGGAUUAGACUACUGUGUUCUGAAGAAGGUUCCCAGCAGUGACUUUGCUGUGGUGCUGCUUUUACUGGACUUCAAAAAUAACAUAGUAAGGAUGAAGACUUCUGCAGAGGAUGGAAUGUUUCCUCACAUUGUUCCUGUGGUACCUGAGACUGAAAAAGUUCAGCCUGAAGCUGAGGAAAAAUCCAGACUGCUCGUGACUGAGAACAAGGCAGAUAUCAUGUACCCCCUGCAGAACAAAGACAACACAUACUCCUUUCAGUUUUAUUUUAAUGUAACAACAGAGAAGCAGCAGGGCCUCUACAACUUCUACUUCCACAACUGUUACUCCACCAGUGCAGAGCCAAAUGACGUCUAUUUACAGAGCGUCCACCGUUUCAGUAUUGAUAUUAACGUCCAGGAGAAAAAUCCAGAAAGCUUCCUGUCUGCUGGAGAGAUUCCACUUCCCAAACUCUACAUCUCCAUGUCUGUUUUUUUCUUCCUCAUCGGAGUGGUCUGGGUCCAUGUUCUCCGCACUCGCAGGGCUGAUGUGUACAAAAUCCACUGGCUUAUGGCAGCGCUUCCAUUCACCAAGUGUCUCUCACUUAUUUUCCACGCUAUUGACUACUAUUACAUCUCUAACCAGGGGUUUCCGAUUGAAGGCUGGGCUGUGGUCUACUACAUCACCCACCUGCUGAAGGGGGCGCUGCUGUUCAUCACUGUAGCUUUGAUUGGAACUGGCUGGGCCUUUGUCAAGCACAUCCUCUCAGAUAAAGACAAAAAAAUCUUCAUGAUCGUCAUUCCAUUACAGGUGCUGGCCAAUGUGGCGUACAUCAUCAUCGAGUCAACAGAGGAAGGUUCCAGUGAGUACGGAUUGUGGAUGGAGAUCCUGUUUCUGGUGGACCUGCUGUGUUGCGGGGCGAUCCUCUUCCCUGUCGUCUGGUCUAUCAGGCAUUUACAGGAGGCAUCAGCAACAGAUGGGAAAGCUGCCAUUAAUCUGGCUCAGCUGAAGCUGUUCCGGCACUACUAUGUCAUGAUCGUGUGCUAUAUUUACUUCACCCGGAUCAUCGCCAUCCUCAUCAAGGUCAUCGUGCCCUUCCAGUGGAAAUGGCUGUACCAGCUACUAGACGAGCUGGCAACUCUGACCUUUUUCAUCCUAACCGGACACAAGUUCCGACCGGCCUCCUCCAACCCCUACCUGCUGCUGUCUGUGGAGGAUGAUGAGGACAUGGAGAUGGACGACGUAAAAACCCCAACCAUGAGUUGAGUGCAGACAUUUAUUUAGUGUUGACAGUGAAGAUCACGUGAGGGGAAGUUCGCUCCACCACUUGGGUGCUGGUGCAGAAGAGAGCCUUGAUGUGUUUAAUUACUUUAGCUAAGCGCUAAGUGUUUUACAAAUUGUGCACCUUCUUUUAUCAAUAUUGCCUGUUUCCCAGCUAAUGACCCCCCUCUGUUCUGAUAAAUGCUAGUGGUGCUGACCAGUCCUCGUGGGCCUUGUGCUUCAUCCCUGGAUUAGACUUAACUGUGCAGUCAGUGUUUCCUUGUCUGCAGAUUUAUCACCUGCACACUUCUCUAAACAACCACCUCAUUUAAUGUUUCACUACACAAUUACCAUGCAAACUACGUCCACUUUAUUUGUGAAGUUAAUUCAGAUCAUCAUUAGUUUGGCUUUUAAAAUGAACCAGGAUCAGCGCUCAGGUCUAAUGCUGAGCGUUAAAUGACUGCACAUUAGAGGUGAUGUUUAUGGACGUGUAUCAUUAAAUACGGCAUAAAUUUGCAUAUCGUUAAGACAGGUUCAUUUAUUUUAAUAAAGCGUGCAUAAUGUGCCAUCACGCAUCAGCUGUGCUACUCAUGGUACCAAGUAAUUAUCGGAAACAGAAGGGUCUGGUGUGUGUGUGCGUGCGUGUGUGUGUUCAUGACAUAUUUACAUGGCUAAAAUCAUGUAACCUACUGAAAUAAAAUGGAUUUUCUA